AUGAUCCUUUCAAUACAAAUUGAUACUCCUUUGGCUCAGAUUGUGCGACAGGAUCGAACAAUGGAGCGAAUCGUGUUCCCAAUCCCAGACAUCUGCGAGUACCUGACGGAGGAAACCAAGACUCGCAUCUACUACACGACUGAGCGUGACGAACAGGGCUCAAAGGUCGCAGACUUCUUCGAGAAGGUUGAGGAUAUGUUCGCCGAGAUGAGGUGGCAGAAAAAACUCAGGGCCAACCCGUACUUGUCCUGGUUCAGCAGUCACAUGUCCCUGUGGAGCAGCAUCACCUUUCAGUUUGCUGUGCUGCUCAACUUCCUAGUGGCAUUCUUCUACCCAUUUAAUGAGGUCAAAAAAGAGCUGGAUCCUAAGCUGUCUGGCCUGAUCUGGACGGCCAUGUUUGGUUCCUUGGCCUUGGUUACCAUGGUCGGAGUCAAUCCCUUCGCCAUACGCACCUUUUUUAUAUCCACCAUUUUCCGGUUUAUUUUUUCAGUUGGACUUGAGUACACACUGUGGUUAUUAGGUGCAUUUAAUGUGAUAAAUAAAGGUAUAUAUUUGAUAAGUAUGAUGGGGAACCAGGGCACGUUCACCAAGCAGCCGCGGCAGGUGCUGACCGACUUUAGGUUCAUGUACCACAUCAUCUACCUGGUGGUGUGUAUCCUGGGCCUUUGUGUGCACGAGUUCUUCUACAGCAUACUGCUCCUGGAUGUGAUCAACAGAGAGGAGACACUGUGGAACGUAAUCAAGUCGGUCACCAAGAACGGUCGCUCCAUCAUCCUGACGGCCGUGCUGGCAGUCAUCAUCAUCUAUCUCUUCUCCAUCAUAGGAUAUAUCUGCUUCCAGGACGAUUUCCUGAUGGAAGUGGAGCCGGUUCCAAAGCUUAUUGCAGAAGCAGUUAAUGAAACAGCCAAUGGCUUCUGUGACAAAGAAAACUGCACUGGAGUAGAUUAUUCAGUGUCUGCGGGACAGGAAGUAGCCGAGGAUGACUCCAGAGAGGAUGGCAAGCAGAGAGUAUGUGAUUCCCUAAUUAUGUGUAUCCUGACCUCAUUGAACCACGGGCUGAGGAAUGGCGGGGGGAUCGGUGAUCUACUCAGAAAGCCAGACAGCAAGGAGAACCUGUUUGUUGCCCGUGUCGUCUACGAUCUUCUGUUCUUCUUCAUUGUCAUCAUCAUCGUUCUAAACCUCAUCUUUGGUGUCAUCAUCGACACAUUCGCGGAUCUCAGGAGUGAAAAGCAGCAAAAAGAUGAAAUUCUUAAAAAUACUUGCUUUGUUUGUGGAUUGAACCGCAGCAAUUUUGACAACAAGUCUGUGUCCUUUGAUGAGCAUAAGUCUAAUGAACACAACAUGUGGCAUUAUCUGAACUUCAUUGUCCUUGUGAAGGUUAAGGACCACACCGAGUUCACUGGACCAGAAAGCUAUGUGUACACAAUGGUCAAGGAUAAGAACUUGGACUGGUUCCCCAGGAUGAGAGCCAUGUCGCUGACCAAUGAGGACGGGGACGGGGAGCAGAGUGACUAUCGGAACCUCCAGGCUCAGCUCGACACCACCAACAAGCUGGUCAAGAACCUGUCCAAACAGCUCACCGAGCUCAAAGAACAGAUGACAGAACAAAUCAAACAGAAGAAGAGAUCUAAGUUCCUUACUUCUGCUACAAUGAACAUGUAGUCCCGGGAAGAGGAGUGGUUCAUAUCUCACUUUUACUCCAGCAUAUCAAGAUAUUGCCAAAAUCAGUGACAUAGCACUGGACACAGUGUAUCUAUUCAACUGAAUGCUCAUGUCCAGUCCAACCUAGAGUUGCCUCCCUUAAAUUCAUUCCAAUUUGCUUUUUAGCAGCUCUGUUUCAAGUCAAGGCUUUACUAGCAUUCCCUGUUGACAUGAGGUCUUUUCUUAUGAACAAAUUAUGUUGUAGUGUAGGAUGUCUGUACCCUUAUUUCCAUCCGUUCUCCUUUGUUAAUAUGUUACUUUUCAAAUGUAUAUGCAAUAUUGUAUCAUGUGUACAUUGAACGAAUUUAAUGAUCUUGAUUAUUUAUUUUUUUCUUGAAGAAAUAUUUGUUUAGUAAGUUAAAUGAUUUUAAAUGGACUGCAAUUUCUUAUUUAUGUAUUUAUAAUUGCACAUACCUGUAAUAUUGUAAGUACUAAGAAAUAUAUUGAACAUAGAAAUACAUGUGUAUUGGUCAUUUA